AUGGCGGAGGAAGGGGCGCGAGAGAAGGAUGAACGCGCGCGGCGACGCGCGCGAGCCGAGCGCAGACGGGAGAAAAAGCGAGCCGAGGCGUCGGAUAUGAUGCGGGCGAUGCGAGAGGAGAUCGAGCGAGAGGAGAGUGUGCGGCGGUUGAUGGUGCGGGUGGAUUCUGGGGAAGAGACGGAGCCGACGGAUAUCGCGCGCGCGGCGGCGGCGGCGUUCGAGCGGUUGGAACGGCGAUACGGAAAGCUCUCGAGCUUGUUCGCCGUGCUGUCGUGGAUGAACGAUUUCGUGGACGACGAGGUGGACGCUGCGGUGGGGUCCGAGGAGGAGGCGCGCGCGCGAGGUGAAGAGGGUGCGGUCGCUCGAGACGGCUCGCGAGAGCCGAAGAGACGCGCGAGCGACGACGUCCCGAGCGGUCUUCUGGGAUCGAUCUCCAACGCCUUGCGAGAGUGGUUCUCCAUAGAUAUCACCGAACUCGAGGAUGGACGCAAAGAGGUCGUCGUGAACGCCAGCGCGGAGUUUCUCGUGCUCUUCGUCGUGUUGGUCGUCGCGAGCUCCAAAUUUGGCGGUGACCUCGUCGCCGCCGUGCUCACGCCCGAUCCCUUGCUCCGCUAG